UUCCCCCUUCCAGCCCCAGAUCCUCUCAGAUUGCCAGAGAUGGGCUCCAGCCAGGGAGGGUGGGGCUGCUCCUGGGACCAUCAGGUGUCACGGGCCACCUCGGCAGUGACAGUGCUGUGGCUGGGAGCAGACCUUCCUUCACCCACCUCCGUGCCUCCAGCUGACUCAAAUGUGCCAUGUCCCAGCACCUGCUCCUUCCACUUGUGAUCCUCGCCAUCAGCCCCAUCCCAGGAGCUUUCCAGGACUCAGCUGCCGGUCCCACGCAGGAGGAACCUGAAGAUCUAGACUGCGGGCGCCCUGAGCCCUCUGCCCGAAUCGUGGGGGGCUCAGACGCGCAGCCAGGCAGCUGGCCGUGGCAGGUGAGCCUGCAUCAGAAUGGGGGCCACAUCUGCGGGGGCUCCCUCAUCGCGCCUUCCUGGGUGCUCUCGGCUGCUCACUGUUUCGUGACGAACGGGACCUUGGAGCCCGAGACCGAGUGGUCGGUACUGCUGGGCGUGCACUCCCAGGACGGGCCCCUGGACGGCGCGCAGGUCCGCGCGGUGGCCGCCGUCCUCGUGCCGGACAACUACAGCAGCGUGGAACUGGGCGCCGACCUGGCUCUGCUGCGCCUGGCCUCGCCCGCCCGCCUGGGCCCCGCGGUGCGGCCGGUCUGCCUGCCGCGCGCCUCGCACCGCUUCGCUCCCGGCGCGUCCUGCUGGGCUACCGGCUGGGGGGACAUCCAGGAAGCGGACCGCCUGCCUCUGCCGUGGGUGCUGCAAGAAGUGGAGCUAAGGCUGCUGGGAGAGGCCACCUGCCGGUGUCUCUAUAGCCAGCCUGGCCCCUUCAACCUCACUUUCCAGCUCUUGCCGGGGAUGCUGUGUGCCGGCUACCCCAAGGGCCGCAGGGACACUUGCCAGGGAGACUCUGGGGGCCCCCUGGUCUGUGAGGAAGGCGGCCGAUGGUUCCAGGCAGGAAUCACCAGCUUUGGCUUUGGCUGUGGACGAAGGAACCGCCCUGGAAUCUUCACUGCUGUGGCUCCCUAUGAGGCAUGGAUACGGGAACAGGUGAUAGGCUCAGAGCCUGGGCCUGCCUUUCCCACCCAGUCCUGGGAGCCCCAGGCAGGUCCCUGGGAGCCCAGGGAUGAGAACUGCACCGUUGCCCUGCCAGAGUGCGGGAUUGCCCCAAGGCCAGGGGCCUGGCCCUGGGAGGCCCGGGUGAUGGUGCCAGGAUCCAGACCCUGCCAUGGGGCGCUGGUGUCUGAAAGCUGGGUCUUGGCACCUGCCAGCUGCUUUCUGAACCCCAUCAACUCAGACAGCCCGCCCCGCGACCUGGACAGCUGGCGCGUGCUGCUGCCCUCGCGUCCCCGCGCAGAGCUGGUGGCGCGCCUCGUGCCGCACGAGAAUGCCUCGUGGGACGACGCCUCAGACCUGGCGCUGCUGCAGCUGCGAGCGCCGGUGAACCUGAGCACGGCCCCGCGGCCAGUGUGCCUGCCUCACCCAGAGCACUAUUUCCUGCCCAGGAGCCGCUGCCGCCUGGCUCUCUGGGGUCGCGGGGAACCUGCGCCUGGCCCCAACGCACAGCUUGAGGCGGAGCUGUUGAGCGGCUGGUGGUGUCACUGCCUGUACGGCCGCCAGGGGGCGUCGGUGCCGCCGCCGGGAGACCCGCCCCUCGCGCUCUGCCCCGCCUACCAGGAGGAGGAGGCGGGGCGCUGCUGGAACUACUCUCAUCAGAGCCUUCUGUGCCAGGAGGAGGGGACCUGGUUCCUGGCUGGAAUCAGCGAUCUUUCCAGUGGCUGCUUGCGUCCCAGAGUCUUCUACCCCCUACAGACCCAUGGCCCAUGGAUCAGCCAUGUGACUCGGGGAGCCUACCUGGAAGACCAGCUGACCUGGGACUGGGGCCCUGAGGGGGAGGAGACUGAGACACAGACUUGUCCUCCCCCCACAGAACAUGGUGCCUGUGGCCUGAGACCAGAGCCCGCUGUGAUGGGGGUCCUGUGGCCCUGGCUGGCAGAGGUCCACGUAGCUGGAGAUCGAGUCUGCACUGGGAUCCUCGUGGCCCCAGGCUGGGUCCUGGCAGCCACUCACUGUGUCCUCAGGCCAGGCUCUACGACAGUGCCUUACAUUGAAGUGUACCUGGGCCGGGCAGGGGCCAGCCCCCUCCCACAGGGCCACCAGGUAUCCCGGUUGGUCAUCGGCAUCCGCCUGCCCCGGCACCUGGGACUUCGGCCCCCCUUGGCCCUCCUGGAGCUGAGCUCCCGGGUGGAACCCUCCCCAUCAGCCUUGCCCAUCUGCCUUCACCCAGGGGGUAUUCCCCUGGGGGCCAGCUGUUGGGUGCUGGGCUGGAAGGACCCGCAGGACCGAGUCCCUGUGGCUGCAGCUGUCUCCAUCUUGAUGCCGCGACUCUGUCACUGUCUCUAUCAGGGCGCUCUGCCCCCUGGGACUCUCUGUGUUGUGUAUUCGGAGGGUCAGGAGGACAGAUGUGAGGUGACCUCAGCCCCUCCGCUCCUGUGCCAGACCGAGGAAGACUCCUGGGUCCUCGUGGGCAUGGCUGUUCGAGGGAGCCGGGAGCUAUUUGCUGCCAUUGGCCCUGAAGAGGCCUGGAUCUCCCAGAUAGUGGGGGAGGCCCAUUUCCUGCCUCCCAGUGGCUACCCCCACUGGCCCCCUGACGGCAGCGACCUCUGCCCCCCCGACAUGGCCAGGGCCUCAGGCUCCCCUCAGGCAGCUCUAUUCCUGCUGCCACUAACCGCCCUGCUCCAGGCCUGAGGGGGCCUGGGUCUCUGGGCCACUGAUCCUUCUCCUCUCCCCUCCCCCUCCUGCCCUCCACUUCCCGCCCAGUAGGGCCGGAAUGUGCCCCAACCGGCUUUGUUCCCCUGCCGGAACCUCCAGAGCGCCCCACCCACCCAGACUGCAGCGGCUUCGGAUAAUUGGGCCUGGGUGCCCAGCUAUUUUGGGCACGGGAAUCCUUAGGGGCAGCGGGAAGCGGGACA